AUGAUCAAGAGAGCAGUUCUAUGGGAUGAAGCUGACGACGAUUCAGAUGAAGAGAUUACUCAUCACCAACAGCAGAAGCUAGAGAGGCGCCUGCUGCCUGGUGCAGAAAGAGGCGAAGAUGACGAGGGAUCUGAGGAAGAAUCCGCUGACUCUGAUCCGCCCGUGCCCCCGGAGGAGCCUGCCUUCAGAGGCAAGUUCCGUUGUCAGUUGUGUCCGGAAAAGAUUCUGAUCAAUGAGAAGCACAUGGAGGUUCAUUUGCAAAGCGCUUAUCACAAGCGUAAUGUGCAUCGCUUUGAAAGAGCAAAGGUGAGGGGCCAUCGUGGCUUCAGCAGAUUCUGGGGGAGCGCCCCGAACCCCGUCGAAGUUGCGUGGGCGCAGGCCAUGGGAGUUGAAGCGUUUGAAGCAGAGUGCUUGGCAAAGGCAGAGGCGCGUGAGAAAGCUUCGACUAUGCCCUCCCGAAAGAACCAGAAAAACCGAGAGUUUUGGCAACGACGAAAGGCAGAGAAAAAGGCUGCAAAGGCAAAGAAAAAGGAGCGAAAGACGGUUGCAGCUGCAGGAAAAGGCAAGGUGAAGAAGGCCCAAAGUAAGGCCGCCAAAGAAGGAUGA